AUGGAGACUCCAGCUGGUACAGGGACAGACUCGUCGAUUAUAAACAAAAUUCGCAUCAUGAACCGAGAUCUUCAAGACAAAAUACAACAAGUCGGGGCAGACGUGACUACAAUUAAAGACUGUCUGGACUCUCUGAAAUCCGAUGUUGUCGGCCUCAACAGCAGAAUUGGGGAAGCCGAAAACAGAGUAUCGCAACUCGAAGAUGAGAACGCAGCGCUCGCUGCCAACACGGCUGAGCUGAAGUCCAAAGACCAGAAUGCUGAUCAAAUCGUCGUUGAGAGGGCUCACAGAGUACCCGCUACACUAAAAGAAGAUGGGCGAAACACGUCAGCCGGACCCCGCCACAUUCUGAAGAANACUGUGUUUCAGGAAGUGACUCUGACGUCUCUACCAGCUGUGCUGCUUUUUAAAGACGGAACAUACUUCAUUUAUGAUGAGGAACAGGAUGGAGACCUGAAGUCCUGGAUCAAAAGAGAACGCUUCCCCAACUUCUUUCUGAUUGAUGGCUACACCCUGUAUGCUAUGGGGGAAUCAGGUAAACUGGUCUUACUGGCUCUGCUGGAGGAGAGACACCUGUGUGAAGAAAACCUAAGGUAUAAGCAUCUGGUGGAGAAGGUGGCCACAAAGCACAAGGACACCUAUGGCAGGAAGUUCUACUUUGGUUUCAUGGAGGACAGCGGGUACAUCGAUGGACUCAUCAUGGGAGAGGCCCUUGUCCCUUCCUUGAUGGUGGUCAACCUGUCCAACGAUGGCUACUUCCUGCCGCCAGCGCCUAUAGAGACUGAGCUGCAGUUGCUGGACUUCCUGGACGGCGUGCUGGACGGCAGUGUUGAGGCUCUGGGAGGAAAUUGCUUCACUCAGCGCGUCCGACGCUUCCUUUACGAGACCAGAAUGACACUAAUGCCGGUGUUCAGGGACGCCCCGGUGCUCGGCUGCUUCCUGAUUGGCUUCCCGCUUGCGGUCGGCUGCGUCUUCUGCUACCUCUGCAUCAAGAACCGACCCGGUUCUGCUGAUGACGACGAAGACACUCCUCUACUGGCACCGUCGAUGCAACGCAAGAAGAAACUGACAGAGAAAAAGUCCGACUGAGCAGACGUAGAGGAACUAGACUUUAGGUUCAGAAAUGGUUCUGGUUUCACCCAGAUGUACUUUCAAACAAGAACUUUCAUUAGUCAGCUCAGUUGUGUCUUUUAAUCCCAAUUAAAAACAUAAGUCAGUGAAA